AUGGUCAAACCAACAACUGUUGCGAAGAAAACUACUGCGACUAAAACUAAAACUACGUUUGGGUUUCAUCGGAGUUCUUUUCGGCGAUCAUCUUCGUCGUUCACGUCGUUUUUGAACAGCAACAUAAACAACAAGAAGAAAAAUUUUAAAGUGAAAACAACGAAAUCGAUUUUAACGGGACCGUCAAACUCGAUAUCUAAUAACAGUAAUAAUAACAGUAAUAGUAAUAGUAAAAGUAGUGAACGGGUGGACGAAUCGGUGAAUUUACCCCCACCGAGGAUUUCGGAUCUAGAACGAGCGCCGAACGAACGCGUCGCCUCGGUUUUACGAUCGGCUAUUCCUGGAGAUUUGUUGCUGAUCACCACCGUCAGUGGGAGGAGUGGGAAAACGCAGCAACAACAACAAGAACAAGAACAGUCUUCUUCUUCUUCUUCUUCUGUUUCGCAAGAAAGUAGCAGCAGCACGAUUAGAAAUAGCGCGGUUUCCACCACUGCACAAACGAACGAAGAAGAUGACGAGGAAGAAGACCAGAGCGAGCGAUGGUUCGUCGUGAGAGAGUCCACGGCGGGAGCGGCGCCGGCGGCUGAAGAGGACGAGAACAUCAACGCGGUGAUUACGUUGAAGGGCGAAAUUGAAGGGAAAAACGUGACCAUAACUUUAGACACGAGAAAACAAUCGAACAACAUGGAAGCAGAGUUAGACGUCCAAGAGGACUCUUGCUUUACGAACGACGCGUGGAUGAAGCAACUGGGAGACAAGUUUAGAGUAGAGUUAAAGUCGAGCAAGUUGAAGAGUAAAAAUUUCGAAAAGAUGAAAAACUUACAACGCGCCUCGAAAGUGGUCGGAUGCAGAUCGGUCGUUUCAUACGAUCUGUUGAAAGCUGCGGUGAUGAACGACGCGUCGCCGUGGAGAGACGGGAAAAGCGCGUCUACGAGACGGUGUAUCGUCGAAGGGUUGGAAGCGGCGACGCAACUCGCCGGAGAGCUUCUCGCGUUUGAGGAAAAGUGCAGAGACGUCGUCAUGAUCCAAGUGAGUCAUUCCUCCGAGCUGGCACCAGCUGGGCACUUGUUUUACAACGCGAAAGAAGAGAACAUGCACGAUCAAAAUCUUCGUGAUUAUUUGGAGAGGAAACGCGCGGCGGAGUUUAGCGGUGGUGGCGGCGGCAGCGAUUCGAGCGGUUCCCCGGGGAGUCCAUCUUCACCUUCAUCAUCUUCCUCUUCUUCAAGCACCGUCGGAAAUGGUAAUUCCUCGAACGGAGGUUGGAAACUCUUUGGGAAUCUGUUUGGAAGUGAUAGUAGUGGUGAUAAUAACGGCGCAAACGCUGGAAAUAAGGUGAUGAAUUUGAACGCGUCGUGGGAACCUUCUCAACUCCAAACGAUCGACGCGCCGUACGUCUUACAAACUUUACACAGGAUAGCGCUCGAAAAUCCUGAUGACGUUGGAUUUCUCUCGUCAAAUUUAAGCGUGGAUGAGAAUUCGGUCAAAUCUGUAUCUCUCAUCAUGUAUCGCAAAUCCGGGGCUGGCGCAAAAGAACGCGCGGAAAAGUUGUCCAAAUUACGAACGCAAGCCGCGUUCAACGAACAAGACUGGGCGAAACGAAUUGCCGUCGGUUCUUUGUUAGGAUAUUCUCAAGAGAACACAAUAUGGCACGCUAAAGCUUUAAUCGAUCGACAUUUAGUAACACCGGGCGAUAUCAUGGAUGCUUUUGACAAUGCGUUGGAUAUCGAUGAAAAUUGA